AGUGCAGCCAGUCCUGUGAUGCUAUCAGAUAGACUUACGCUGGUGGCAUUAACCAUGCAGAAGUGACAGACUCCAUGCAGAUCUCACACUGGCAACUUUGUGACUGCAGAAAAAACUCGAGAUGCAGCGCCACAUGAAGUAGAUGACCUCCGCACUCUAUUAUUAUUAUUAUUAUAAGCUAGCUGUUCUGGAGCCUAGGAGCCGUGCACAGGAAUGACCGGUCACCCAAGCACCACUCGACUAAUACUGAGCCGUAGAGCUAGAUGUGUCGCAGCUCAAUAAAUGCUUCACCGGUUGUAGACGGAACCCACCGACGGAGCAGCCAUAAGCAGUUCUCACUCCAUACUAAGAAGAUUUUAUGAACAUGCCGCAGCUCUGCUUGAACAGUCCUCAAAAUACUUUGGUGCUGCUGGUCCCCCUGCUGGCCAUGCUGGGUCACUGCGACGAUGAUCAUUUGUUAAGUCAGGUGUUAUUUUGUCAGCCCACCGAGCCAUCAUCGGGGCUUCUGAAGAUGUUUGAUGAAGAUCAGAUGUUCAGUUACAACUUUAGUAAUAACACUGUCACUCCUUGGAUCAGUGACUUUCACAAGUGGCGUGACCAGGCUUUCCCUAACCCCUCAACCAUAACCUCCCAUGUAAAGCUAUGCAACCGGUUUAGGGAAGAGUUGACCAAAGCACUGGAAAAUAUUACUCCUGAAGCCAGAGGUGGUGCACAAGUGGCCGUUUUCACUGGACAUCCUCUGAGACUGGGUGUGGAGAACACGUUGAUCUGUGCCAUUAGUGAUGUCUAUCCCCCAGCUCUGACCGUCACCUGGAGGAAAGAUGCCAAAAAUUUGACAACAUCUUUAAUCUCCUCUCAAUAUUUUGCCAAGGCUGAUCUGUCCUUCCAGGCCUUCUCCUACCUCAAUGUCACUCCCCACCACAAUGAUGUAUUUUCUUGUGAAGUACAAGUGGCGGGAGAUAACAGAACCAUUGUACAGUACUGGAGUGGUGCACAAGUGGCCGUUUUCACUGGACAUCCUCUGAGACUGGGUGUGGAGAACACGUUGAUCUGUGCCAUUAGUGAUGUCUAUCCCCCAGCUCUGACCGUCACCUGGAGGAAAGAUGCCAAAAAUUUGACAACAUCUUUAAUCUCCUCUCAAUAUUUUGCCAAGGCUGAUCUGUCCUUCCAGGCCUUCUCCUACCUCAAUGUCACUCCCCACCACAAUGAUGUAUUUUCUUGUGAAGUACAAGUGGCGGGAGAUAACAGAACCAUUGUACAGUACUGGAUUCCUCAGUAUCCAAUACCUUCUGAUCUGAUGGAGAACGUCCUGUGUGGUUUGGGUUUCUCUCUUGGCAUCAUCUUCCUCCUUGCGGGUUUCAUUCUCUUGUGUUUUGCUAAGAAGUAGCGCAAUAUUGACUGAUUUUUUUACUUCUUCGGAUCCUUUUUGAAGACUGUAGUGCCUGGAUUUUUCGUAGUGCCUGGAUCAUUACUUGAUUCCCAGACCUCCAAUAAUUAAUUACCAAUAGUAGAUCUUAAAGAGGACCUGUCACCUCUCCCGACAUGCCUGUUUUAUUAACUACUUGCAUUCCCUGUGUAAUAGUAAUUCUGGAGCAUCUCUUCUUAUGGCUCUAUGUUGUGCCAUUCCUCUAUUAUU